AUGGCGGCGCCCGCGGCUCUCCGGGGGCUGCGGCUGGCAGCGCCCCGCGGCCGCCCCGUCCCCGUCCCCGACGCCCGCCGGCACCUCCACACCACCCCCGCCUGCCUCAAGACGCGGGCGGCGCGGGUGCGCGUGGGCAAAGGGGACAAGCCGGUGACCUACGAGAAGGCGCACGCCCCCCACUACAUCGCCCACCGCAAGGGCUGGCUGUCCCUGCACACCGGGAACCUGGCCGGCGAGGCGGGCGCGGCGGAGCGGGCGGUGGAGGACGCCUUCCUGCGCCGCUUCCUCUACGGCACCUUCCCCGGCGUCCUGGCGGACGAGGCCGUGCUGAAGCGCCGCGCCAACCUGCUGGUGGUCUGCGCCGUGCUGGCGCGGGGCCUGGCGCCCGCCAAGCUCUACUUCCUGGUGGGCUACGCCGAGACCCUCCUGGCCCGCUUCUACAAGUGCCCCGUGCGCCUGGAGCUGCAGAUGGUGCCCGCCCCGCUGCCCUACAAGUACCUCUAGUGCCCCCCAGGUGG